CGGGGCUUCUUUGCUCCUUCAGAGCCUACUUUGCUCCACACUCAAAAAGAGUUUCACUUUAUUAUAAAAUUACACCUAAGAGGAAAAUGACCAAAUUAACACUGCUGUAUUGAAGGUUAUCUAUGUUAGUGUAACAUGUGCAAGGAGCCCGCCAUUUCUAAGUUUAUUUAGGCACAUAACCUUGAUGUGAAACUGGUGUAAGAGAAUUUGCUCUAUUUUUAAUCGCCAAGAUUUAGUGUGUGCACAAGUUAUUAAAGCUGAUUUUCAAUUAACUAUGCCUAGAAAUUACAAAAGAAAAGCCGGUGCGCGAAAAUACGCUGAUUACACAGAAGAAACUCUAUUAGAAUGUUUAAACGAAAUAAAACAUGGACGCAUAUCGCAUAGAGCCGCUGAAGAAAAGUACAAGAUUCCUAGACGAACAAUCUUGAAUAAACUCAAAUGUAGACAUUCUAAAAAACCGGGGCAUCAGCCCAUAUUUACUGCUGACGAAGAAAGAGAAUUUGUUCAGUGCAUUAUAUCUUUAGGGGACUAUGGGUUUCCUGUGAAUAUGCAAGAAUUGAGAAACAUCAUAAAGAAUUACUUGGCCAGAUGUGGAAGGGAAGUAAAAGUAUUUAAAGAAAACACACCUGGUACUGAUUGGCUAAAAGGCUUUUUAGUCAGAAACCCUGAACUAUCACAACGCUUCGCCGAAAAUGUAAAACGAAUGAGAGCCGCCGUGGAUGAACCAAUGAUAAGAAGUUUUUUUGAAAAUUUGUCCGAUGAGUUGAGAGACGUCCCGCCAACGAAUAUCUGGAAUUUCGAUGAAACGAACUUGAGCGAUGAUCCAGGAAAGAAAAAAGUUAUAGUAAAGAAAGGAUCAAAAUAUCCAGAGUUAAUACGGAAUGCAUCGAAAACGUCCAUAUCGGUUAUGUUUUCAGGUAAUGCGGCAGGAGAAUUACUCCCGCCUUAUAUAGUAUAUCGAGCCAACAAAAUGUGGACGACGUGGACCGAAAAUGGACCUAAGGGAUGCCGGUAUAAUUCAAGUAGUUCAGGAUGGUUUGAUGCGUCAAUAUUUAGCGACUGGCUGGAAUGUCAGAUGAUUCCUCGGCUAAAAAAAUUAGAAGGCAAAAAAGUUGUUUUAUGUGACAAUCUGUCCUCUCACAUAACAGUGCAUGCAUUAAAGCUAUGCCGCCAAAACCAAAUAACAUUGAUUUGCCUACCGCCAAAUAGCACCCACUUGACGCAGCCUUUAGAUGUGGCAUUUUUCAGACCACUGAAAAUAGCAUGGAGGAGGGUACUAUCAGAGUGGAAAGAUACUGAUGAAGGCAUUCGUAAUACCAACAUACAGAAGCAGAACUUUCCACCGCUUUUGUCAAAAAUGAUGGAAAUUAUUGGGCCAAACGUGGAAGAAAACUUAAAAGCAGGUUUUCGUAAAUGUGGCAUAGUCCCCUUAAAGGUAGAAGAAGUUCUAAGCCGCAUUCCAAGAUCUUCUUGUAAUCCAGAUGAUAUCCAAGGCGCAUUUCUUCAAAAAAUUCAAAGCCAACGAAUAGAGUUAACGAAAGCUGUUAAAAGUCGUAGAAAAAAACUCAAUAUUCCCCCCGGAAGAAGUGUUUGUUUGGAAAACUUGCAAAGUGAUGAAGAUAUGUCUAAUAGUGAGGUAAUAGCCGAUAAUGAAACACUGGAAGAAGAGCCUACUACUUCAUCUGGGAUAAAACGCAACGAAACUAUAUUUGAUGAGAAUUCCUCAGACGACAUUGAUUUCGACGAACUGGUUAAAGAGCAGGAAAAAGAAAAGGCUUUCGUGGAUUACAUAGAAGGAAAAUCAGCAAACGAUAAUACCCUUCAAUUUAAAAAUACAGUUCGGGAAAUAGGAAGUUUCGUUGUUUUUUCCUAUGAAGGAUUGCUAUAUCCUGGGAAAAUUUUGAGAUUUAAUGAAGACGAAGUCGUCAUUAGCUCCAUGGAAAAGUCGCUGAAAAUGUGGAAGUGGCCUUCUAAACCAGAUGAAAUUCCUUACUCUUGGGACGAUGUUCUGGGUUCCAUAAAUCCACCUAAGCAAGUUUCUAAAAGAGGCAUAUUUGCUGUUCCGGAAUUAACAGACUUUUUAGAUUAGUAAAUAUUUCUUGUUACGCAAUGUAAACAGUUGACCUUUUGUCUUUUUUUGUUUUUAAAAACAUUAAGUCAGUGUUUCCUAUUUCAUAAUUUGUUCUUAGUUUAUUUUGAAAAUUGAAAUAGAAAAAAAACGGAUUUUCAACACUUCUACGAACUUAUUUGAACCACGUUAUAUAAGUUUCUCGUUACUUUUGAAUGCAUAUUAAUAAAUAUGGUAUUUCACUACGUUAUCUACACAAGUUUGAUCAUAAAGUUGCAUUUUUUGCAAUUCUAGUUUGUAUAUUAAGGUUUUCUGAAAUAAAAUAUAUCAAAAAACAACUUUUUGGAGGUUUUUGCUAUUUAAGACUAUAAUUUGGAACAAAGUCAAUUAAAUGCGUCGGGUAACUUUGCCCCAAAUAACACAUAGCUCACGUUACAACGAUAUUUUUGAAUUGGAGCAAAGUAACCCCCUCCGUUGGUUGACUUUGCGCCACUUUUUAACAAAAAAAAUUGGUACCAAAAAAAAUGAUUACCUAAUAAUUGGCCAUGAGACAAUACUCAGUAAUAUUUGUUUUAUCUCUGGUGAUAAGUACAAGUUCAUUUUAUUUUUUCUGAGUCUUCUACCAACUAAUUCUCAUAUUUCUUCAAAAAAAUGGA